UUGCCCUCUCAUUUUUUUAUUAUUUUAGAGGAACACGGCUGUCACUUAGCUACCCUAACGACAUCCUGUGACCUUUGUCGGUGUCCGUCUCAAUCCAGCCCACCCUGUAGUCCCAGCGCUCUAGCAGCGCUUCCAUCCCUUGGAGUCUACAGACCCCUCCACUGUGUAGUUGUCAGCCGUCACUUCCACGAAAGCGCGAUGUCACCUUCCACGACGUUGGCGACUUGUCCGUAGCGCAGUCCACGUGACCACAGAGCACGUUCUCGGGGGUGUCAGACCCCGCGUGCAAAAUGACGUCGUUCAGACGUCUAUUGGCGGGGAUAGGUGUGCCCCCAGAACGUUGGCGGCAGGUGCCGCCUCGUGCGCGCAGGAACGGACUGAAGCUUGGUAUGCAUGCGUCACGCGCGAGAUGUCGGUCGUCGUCGCGUGCUCACCGCGCGUGGCCCCUACGGGCCGCCAAGGCGGCGGGGCUCCCCGUCCUGAAGGGGGCCCAGCCACUCGAGGGUGGACUGGCUCUGCGCGCGGUCUUGGUUACCUGUGGGGUCCGGAGCUUUUUGGGAAGUGCCCCAUCAUUUUACAAUUAG